AUGUCCACCAAGUUGAAAAUCCUUGUUCCUGUCAAGAGAGUCAUUGAUUAUGCCAUCAAGCCUAGAAUCAACAAGGCCGGCACUGGUGUCGAGACGAAAGGCGUCAAGUUCAGCAUGAACCCGUUCUGCGAUAUUGCCUUGGAAGAGUCCUUGAAGAUCAGAGAGGCCAACAAGGGGCUUGUUGAGAAGAUCCAUGCCGUGUCCAUCGGCCCCACCAAAUCGCAAGACAUCUUGAGAACCGCGCUUGCAAAAGGGGCGGACUCGACCACGUUGGUCGAUGUGGGAGAGACGGAGGUCGAGCCUUUGACGGUGGCCAAGAUGUUGCAGAAAGUCGUUGAGAGGGAGCAGUCGAACUUGGUCAUCUUGGGAAAGCAAGCCAUCGACGACGACCUGAACCAAACGGGCCAGAUCUUGGCGGGCUUGUUGAACUGGCCGCAGGCCACCAACGCAUCCAAGGUGGAGAUUGAUGGCGACAAGAUCAGUGUCACCAGGGAGGUCGACGGCGGCUCGGACACAUUGCAAGCCAGCUUGCCCAUGAUCGUCACGGCCGACUUGAGAUUGAACGAGCCAAGGUACGCGUCGUUGCCCAACGUCAUGAAGGCCAAGAAGAAGCCGUUGGAGAAAUUGAAGGCCAGUGACUUGGGCAUCGAGAUUGUCAACCGGGUGGAGACGCUCAAGGUGGAGGAGCCGCCCACCCGCUCUGCGGGCGUGAAGGUCGAGAGCGUGGACGAGUUGAUUGCCAAGUUGAAGGAGGCCAAGGCCAUCUAG